CUCUCUACUGUUGUUUUUCUUCUCCACCUCCUACUCGUUCAUGUGCGUACCUCUGCCUCUUUUCUUCUCUUUCUCCCCGUAAUUCUAGUUUUGUUUCUCUCUCUUAUCUUCCCUUCUGUGAUUCCAUGGAACCCUUCAUCUCUGAUUUUUCAAAUUUCUCUGGCUCUGAGGCCAAACCAGUUUCUAUUGAUGGAAACCAAUCGACCCCAAAUUUAACGAUCAGGCUCAAGGUGGGCAAGAAAACAGACUCUCAAUGGGAAAUCAGCUCCCCCGAACCAGCUACUUCUCAAUUUGAUCAGGUCGCUGGAGUUUUAGGCCAUUAUAGCUGCAAGUUCUGCAACCUGAAGUUCGGCUCAAAGCGAUCUCUAGAAGCUCACGUUAAAACCCAUGCGAAGCAUUCCAAUUAUGGUUUAACUAAUAGUGAUGAGAUGGGUUUGAAAGAUGAACGAGAGAGGAGAAAGGAAGGUUGCAGAGGAGAAGGAAAGAGCAGCACAACAGAGGAAACAACGAAGCAUAAGCAACAAGAACCAGUGUGUGCUGUGUGCAAGAAGCGGUUUCCAUCGAUGAAGUCUUUGUUUGGUCACAUGAGGUGCCAUCCAAAGAGAGUUUCGAGAAGGAUUCAGCCGCCGAAGAUUAAAAAUUCCAGUAAUGGCGCACAGAUGAAGUCGACAGAAAGUUUGUCAUAUCAUACCGACGGCACCGUAACAGAAGAGAGCUCGAAAGUACAUAAUCCUCUCUCUCCCCACUCGAAUUGGUCUGUCACUGGAUCUAGAAGAAGAAGGAACAAAACUACCAGCUCCGAAAGUAAAGAUUUGCAGAGACAGAGAUUUGAGGGAGUUUCAAAAGGCAUGAAAGAAACUGUGCGUCACUUACCCAUGCUCUCUCAAUCUCAAAGAAAUUUGGAGGAAUUGGGUUUCUUGGAAAAACAAGAAACUGAUAAGGAGGGCCUGGAAUCGAAUCCCGAAAAGAGUAAAAUCGUCCAUGAAAGCUCCUCAGUGUACAGUCCUGACCAAUGGAAGAAGAAGACGAAGUUGAAGAGGGAGGUGAGAGCUAUGGAGACAGCUACUAAUUCUGGCAAACCCCAUGAAGGUGAAAUCAUUUCAAACUGCAAUGAUGCAAAGAAGAGGAAGCUUUUCAUUGGAAUCUCUGCAGCUAAUAACUCAGAGGAGGAGGAAGUAACAAAAGAGGAUGCUCAAUAUUUGGGAAUUGGGCCUGAGAUUUCAGUGGCCUUCUUGAAAGAAUCUGGCAAUAAAAGACAAAAAACCAGCAGAAUUUCAGCCAAUUUCUCGCCGGAUAGACAGGGGAGCCAUAUUUGCACUAAGUGUGACCAAAGGUUCAAUUCAGGUCAGGCUUUAGGUGGCCAUAUGAGGAAACAUUUUGACAGAGAGAAGCAUCUAGCCAAGUUGAAAGUUCAUCAUUCUUCAAAGAUGUUGACAAUGGGUUCUCAAGUUGAAUUGAGAGGAGCGAGAAAGAAUGGGGGAGGAGCGAGAAGGAAUGGAGAGGGAAUGGAGUUUAUGGAUCUUAAUGGGGUGAUGCCUAUUGCAGAUGAGGAUUUGAAAUUUGCUUUGAGUAUGUUGGAGGUGGUUCCUGCUUAUGCUGAUUAUGUGAGAUCUAGACUUUUCAUGAUCUCUGAGGCAUAAUUCAGGAUUUUGGGAGGUCAGAAAGACUAUUUUGGGGUCCAAAAUUCAGUGAUUUGAAAGACUAGAUCGCAUUUUUUGGCAAUAUUUCAGUGGCUUUGCAUGGCUAGAGACAAAAACAAUUUAGCACAGUUUAGUGGUUUUUGACAGGGAAAUUUAUUGUAUA